ACAAGCACAACACAAUCUCUCUCUCUCUCUCUCUCUCUCUAUGGCCACCACCACUUCCCUCCAGACUCUCCACCGUUACCGUCUCCACGGGCGCCACAAAGCAGAUACCCCUCCCUCCACCUUCUCCGGUUUCUUCCUGAAACCUACAACCACCAAUCCACCCUCUCCCUCUUUCCCCCACAAACUCUCCACCGCCCACGUCACUCUCUUCUCUACAACCUCCACCGCGGCUACUCCAACUUCACCAACACUUUCCUACGACCUCCUCGAACAAUUUUUAUCUUCGAAUGAUUUCCGUCAAGCCGACGAAGAGACUCGACGUCUCCUUAUUGUCCUCGCCGGAGAAGCUGCUCAAAAACGUGGUUAUGUUUUCUUCUCUGAAGUCCAAUUCAUCUCGGAGCCUGACCUCCAGAUCAUAGACAGACUCUGGCGGCAAUAUAGCGGUAACAAGUAUGGUUACAGCGUUCAGAAGAGAAUAUGGGAGAAGGUGAACAAGGACUUCACCAAGUUCUUCUUGAAGGUUGGCUGGAUGAAGAAGCUUGACACAGAGGUUGAGCAGUAUAACUACAGAUCUUUCCCUACUGAGUUCAUUUGGGAAUUGAAAGAUGAUACACCCGAGGGUCACCUUCCUCUGACAAACGCUCUUAGAGGGACCCAACUCCUCAAUAGCAUUCUCACCCAUCCUGCCUUUCAAUCCACAGAAGAUGAGACAGAGAAUGAGGAAGUAAGUUCCCAAGACUCCGGGCAAAAUCCAAAACUUUUGAGCAAGAGAGUUUUCAAAACAGACUACAGCUUCUGAAUUUGGAUUAUCAACUGAUUUGGGAGAGGACAACAAGGCUGAAUUACGUUGGAGCUAGCUCUGAAGUGAUCGCUUCGAUUUGGUUUUCUCUGAAUGCCGUUCUGUUCUGUUCCUUGCCUCCUGAUGGUAUUGGAUUUUCUUUUUUCCACUGAUCUGCAAGACUGCAAGACUGCAAGCGUGGGUAAAGGUCAAAUUUCAAUUUAUUGUGACAUAAAUAUGCUUAUCGAUCGAAGGUAAACGGAAAGAGUUUUCUAGUUUUGAUAAAUUUUCAGUAUAUUUGCCUGAUGAUGUAAUUGUAAUGUAUUACUAAUUACUAUCAAUCAAAAAAAGUGCUUUUUCGGUCUACUAA